AACGGCAUUAGACGUUAAUUGAUAAGUGGCUUUGAUAACAGACAUCCAUGUUAACUGACGUUUGAUUCUUGGAAACUGUCUGUACGAUUAAAGUUUCAGGGGUCCCUGAACUUUGGCAAGAAGAUAGGAGUAUCAAUAGCCGAUGUUUGAACAAUAAAGUGUGCUAAAAACGAAAGUAACUUUUCUAAGCAGAAGAAAAUGUAACAAUCUAAUGGCGUCAGCAAAUAACCAUAACUAAAGCUAUGGUUAUGGAUCGAGGCACACGUGCCAUACACCUGUACUCUCAAAUCAUUACAUCAUUCACUUAGAGAGUUUUGAAGCGUUGAAAAUCCCAUUAAAGAGACCUUUUUUGGAACAGAAUUAUGAUUUAAAAUGUUAGUUCUAGUCAUGUCUCAGAUAAAUGCGGUGUUUCGAGCUCUGUUUCUUACAAUAUGCCUGUGUUUCUUGCUCAAAACGCAUGUAGCCGUCCAGCAAAAAUACUUUGUAAAGAGUUCUUUGUGCCAAAUACCCUACAUCGAUCCAUUUACUGCCGAUAUCAUGAAGGUCUUUGAGAAGCAUUCGUUGAAGGAGUGCCACAACGACAGCGAUCUGGUGACAAGUGAAUUUGACUUUAAGCUCAAUCAAUAUCGCCUUCACAUACACGAGAAUAUGGCCAAACGUAUGCUGAAAGGAUCAAAGGGUAAUGCUACCUUGGAAUGCAAGUAUCAAAAGAUCGGGAGAAAUGAAAUAUAUGAGAUUCCCGACAAUUCCUACAGAGAGUUUAAGAGCGUUCCUCUACCAGACAACCUUUUGGUGCCAAAGCACACGGACUUUAUGAUCACCAAAUGCUAUGUGAAAGAGCAGAAAAAACCACCGAAACUUCUCCAAACAGAUGGCCUGACAUUCAUCGAAGAUCAUCUGAGAAAGAAGGAGGCAAAAGCGUAUGCCAAACAGCAGCAGAAGAACCCCAAGCCGAGUGUCCUUCUCAUGGGACUGGACUCCACUUCACGCAUGAAUCUAAGACGAGCCAUGCCCCUGGUCUACAAAUUUGUGAGUCAACCAGGAUGGUUCGAGAUGCAGGGCUACAGCAAGGUGGGGGACAACACCUUUCCCAAUCUGUUGGCUGUUCUGGCGGGACACUCCCCAAAAACUCUGGCGAAAAUGUGUAACGUGACGAAGAGUGGCUGCCUGGACACAGCGCCCUUCGUUUGGAAAAGAUUCAAGAGCUCAAACUACACGACAGCCUUUGCCGAAGACUGCAAAGCGAUUAAUACAUUCAACUACCUCUUGCCGGGAUUUCUACAGCAGCCGGUGGACUACUAUCUGCGUCCCUUCCUCGUGGCAAUUGAGGAGAAGUUUCCCGUGACCAAGGAGUUUGGAUUUUCCUUCUGUGUGGGCCGUCGUUUGAGCUUCGAUUAUGUGUGGAACUUUGGCAAGCAGUUCAUCGAUCGAUUCUUAAAAAAAAACCCCUUCUUUGGUUUCCUGUGGAGCAACAGCUUCACCCACAACUUUUUUACAGCGGCCACCGCUUUGGACGCGCUCCUGCUGAAGCACCUUCAUUCCUUUGAGGUGGCAGGACUCUUCAAUCAUUCAAUUGUGAUCCUAAUGAGCGAUCAUGGGCAGCGCUAUGAUACCCUGAGGGGUGCGGCAUCGGGAUACUACGAGGAACGAUUGCCCAUGAUGUUUAUCUAUGUUCCGCCCUGGUUCCGUAAGAAGUAUCCCCAUCUGGUGGCUAAUCUAGUUAAGAAUCGCAAUCGGUUGUCCUCCAACUACGAUUUACACAUGACCUUGCAUCAUCUCCUACAACUGAAAAGCACCUCCAUGGCAGAUUUCGCCAAAAAACACAGAUCUGUGGCGUGUCCAAGCUGUCAAUCGCUGCUCUUCGAACUACCCCUCAAUCGGUCAUGCCAGCAGGCCGGCAUUGAGGAGAAAUGGUGCUGCUGCAAUCCCGUUAAGACCCUCGCCAAGAAAACCGACUUUGUAAGGACCAUUGGCUUGGCCGUGGUCCAGCAAAUGAACGAGCACCUGAAGAAGCGGAAAUUCACGCGCAAGUGCCACAACUUCACCCUCAAGAAUAUCCACAAAAUGGAUCGCAGGUUGCACUUACCUAUGGGCACUAACACCACGGAUAAGGACGAACGUGUGUACAUCAUGCAGUUCUGGACACGCCCAAAAAUGGCGCUCUUUGAGGCCACGGUUCGAUGGAACCAUCACCAACAUAAACUCCAUAUGGAUGUGGAUGAUCUGAGCAGAUUGAAUAGGUACAAAAACCAGUCCGAGUGCAUUGAUGACAAGAAUGCAAAGAAAUAUUGCAUCUGUAAGGAUAGCAUAAGCAAUAUAACGAGGAUCCCCAAAAUUAUUAGCAAAGCAAAACGUUUUCCAGGGCUAAAAUAAAGUGGCAAAAAAGUCAAAUUUCUAUUGGGUUUAGUCAAUGCUUGUAGAUUUAAGAGUGGAAUCUGAGUUUAUAUACGACUAAAUACAGUCUGAAAUCUGUAAAACUAUCUGCAAAACAUUUCCCCGGACAUGCAGCAGAACUCCUCGGCCGGUUUAACUUUGUUUCUGCGUGGCAUAACAUAUUAUGAUACAGUAAAACACAUCUUAAAGUGCUGCUAAGAUAAAAGAUACCCCAAACAUACAUAGUUUAAACCAUUUUUAGUAGCAUUUUGUAGAGGAAAACGCCUUUAAAACUUUAUACCAAACAGUAGUGAAGGAGUAGUAGGAGAUAAACCCAUCAAACCCUUCAACAUUUUAUGACAACUAUAAAACCCACAGAGACUGUCGCUCAAACAGUAGUCAAUCUUCCAUUGUAAAACACUUCGGUGCGGCCUUAAGUGGGCCAACUUCAGGCUUAUCUAUACGACACUCGAAAGUCGAGUGGUAAAACUCUAAAACCAUUAUAAUGAUUGAUUCAUAAUUGAGAGUUUUCCGCAAAGAGAGCGCAGGGAAAGCAAACAGACGGCGAGGGAACUGAUUGCCAAACAGAAUUCAGGAGAAACAGAUUUCCAUUCAGGAAACAGCGAAACACCUUUCCGCACAACGAGUAGGGAAGCACCAUUUCCGUUUGAUCUUUGACAUCUACCACGUGAUGACACAAAAAUAUAGUAAAAAUUUAACAAACAUUGCGAUAAGGUGAUACUAAUUUCACAAUCGAUGUGGAGACAAACAGGCGGUUCGACGCAUACGCGUACACCUGUUCCCAGUUUAGAUAUCGCACACAAGGCACAGACAUUACCACACCGAUAAGGCGGAUGACUGAUGAUAGAUAGAUGAUUUAUGGGGGCUCUGAUUUGGCGGGGUUCGUUUCGGGUCAGAGCAAACGUUGGCUGAAGGUGGUUACCUCUGAAGCUCCCUGUAGAGCAUUAGCAUGGUCGGCACACCCAUGAACAUCAGUACAAAGGCAUUAACGACUGGCUUCCACCAAGAUAGUGCCGUGGCAGCAAUCGCCGAAAGCAGCAUGAGCCAACUAAAGGUUUUCCUAAAAGAUAAAAUAAAAUAAGGUGGUUAGCUUUUGUAGAUAGUAAAAGUCUUUGUUUUUUUUGGCACAGGCACUCACCGAUCGUUCUUCACAAACUUGGGAUAGUAGCGCUUCGGAUAGAACAGCGAGAAGGCCGCCAUAAAGACCCAGAGUAUGGCCAGUUCGUCAAGCAGUUGGCCAAUCAGACUUAAGGUGGCAUGAAAGUACAUUGAACUGAGUCCAACGACGAUUAAUAGAA